CUUGGAAAGAAAAUAUAUGGGAAUGAGCCUAUUCCAGAGUACAAAGUGAGUGCAAGGACAAUUGAUAUCUUAUAUGACCUUGCAGAAUGCACUGAAGCCAGAGCCAGGGAUGUUUCUUUGCUGAUAGAGGACACAAAGCAGAAGGCAGCAGAAUAUGAAGCAGAAGCUAAUUAUAUACAGGAUAUUCUGAGAGAAAGCCUGGAUCUUUCCCCAUCCAGUCUGUCCAGCGAAGGCACCAGCUACCUCAAUGUCCUGGUAAACAGCGCAGUGAUACUUGAAACAAAGGAUACUUCUCUUGCCAGCUUCUUCUAUGCCAUCAACGAUAUGACUUCAGAGCUGUAUGCAACAGAAUCAGAAAACAGGGAAAUGGAACUGGAAUUGAGCAACAUCAGGAAACAAAGAACUGCAGCGCUGAUGCUGGAAAAGCAGUUAGAGGAGGACCUUAAAAAGGCAGAGGAACUUGUGGAAUUAGAAAACGCCAAAGCUGACAGCCGAUCCCAGAACUUGAAGUUCCUGAGACAAAAAUCUGAGCAUUUGAAAAUGAAGAUCCAGGCUUCUGAGGAGCAGCUUGCUGCUGCGGGGUGGGACCAGUCGCUGACACACGAGUCACUCGUCAGCCUGUCUGAGGAACUGGCGACACUGCAGCAAGAAACUGUGCAUUUGAAGGAGAAACUGGAUUACUACCUAGAUUUAACUCCUAAUCCUUCCCUUGCUCAAGUGAAGAUUGAAGAAGUAAAACGAGAACUGAACGCCGUGGAGGCAGAGUUCUCAAAGCAGAUUGACAUGCUGACUCUUGAGAUGCCAAAGGCCAGCAAAUUCCAAUUCACCUGA